UGUUCUGGGUCUGGAACCUUCACCCGUCAGCCCAGCUGUGCUCUACCUGCUCCCUGACAUGGCUCUCUAUCAGGGGGCUAGAGAACAUGGGCUCUGCUACCAUCAAAGUAUUCUCUGCACAGCCCCUAUUACUCAGAUCUCCCUUCAACCCCAACAGAGACCCUAACAGGACCCAAGCCCACCUACUGCUGCCAGUGACAAGCCAUGACUAUCACCUACACAAACAAAGUAGCCAAUGCCCGUCUCGGUUCCUUCUCCUGCCUGCUCCUGUGUUGGCGAGGCAGCAUCUACAAGCUGCUGUAUGGGGAAUUCCUCAUCUUCAUGUUCCUCUACUAUGCCAUCCGUGCAGUCUAUAGAAUGGUUCUCUCGGAUGAACAGCAGCUGUUGUUUGAGAAGCUGGCUUUGUACUGCGACAACUACAUUCAGCUCAUCCCUAUAUCCUUUGUUCUGGGUUUCUAUGUGACGGUGGUGGUUACCCGCUGGUGGAAUCAGUACGAGAGCUUGCCUUGGCCCGACCGCCUCAUGAGCCAGGUGUCAGGCUUCGUGGAGGGCAAGGACGAGCAAGGUCGGCUGCUGAGGCGCACACUCAUCCGCUAUGCCAUCCUGGGCCAAGUGCUCAUCCUGCGCAGCAUCAGCACCGCGGUCUACAAGCGUUUUCCCAGUCUUAAGCACCUGGUGCAAGCAGGCUUUAUGACCCCUGGGGAAUAUAAGCACUUGCAGAAGUUGGGCCUACCACACAACACAUUCUGGGUGCCCUGGGUGUGGUUUGCCAACCUGUCAAUGAAGGCCUAUGUUGGAGGUCGAAUCCGGGACACUGUCCUGCUCCAGAACCUGAUAAACGAGAUGUGCACCUUGCGUACUCAGUGUGGACAUCUGUAUGCCUAUGACUGGAUCAGCAUCCCACUGGUGUACACACAGGUGGUGACAGUGGCAGUAUACAGCUUUUUCCUCGCAUGCUUGGUGGGGCGGCAGUUUUUGAAUCCAGCCAAGAACUACCCAGGCCAUGAGAUGGACCUCGUUGUGCCUAUCUUCACCAUCCUGCAAUUCUUAUUUUACAUGGGCUGGCUGAAGGUGGCAGAGCAACUCAUCAACCCCUUCGGUGAGGAUGAUGAUGAUUUUGAGACCAACUUUAUCAUUGACAGAAACCUGCAGGUAUCCCUGUUGUCUGUGGAUGAGAUGCACCAGGAUUUGCCUCCCCUGGAGCGUGACAUGUACUGGAAUGAAAUAGAGCCUCAGCCGCCCUACACAGCUGCUUCGGCCCAGUCUCGUCGACCUUCCUUCUUGGGCUCCACCUUCAACAUCAGCCUGGACAAAGAAGACAUGGAGUUUCAACCAAAUGAGGAGGAUGAGGAUGAGAACAGUCAAGGCGGCAUCAUUGGGCGCUUCUUAGGGCUGCAGUCCAACGACCACCAUCCUCCUAGGACAGACUCGAAGACCAAACUAUUGUGGUCCAAGAAAAACCCCUACAUCGAGGGCCAGCAUAAGAAAUCCAGGAAGAACUCUAGGGACCAGGAUGAUCAUGUCUGGAAACUGAAGGGUCUGGACACCUUCAGGGCCACUCCACUGUUUGAGAGACCAGGCUACCACAGUGCCCCACAGACACCCCUCAACCACACUUCCAUGGCCUUCCCUCCUGAGCCUUACUUAGUCACAGGUGAUGCAGGUUCCCAGGAGCACCAGGAAGCCAGUCACUUGAAGAAGAAAACUGUGGAGUUUAACUUGAACAUUCCAGAGAGACCCACAGCACAUCCUAGAGAACCCCAUUUGGAUCAGCUGCCAACCAGCAUACACACUAUACUGAAGGAGCAUGUAGAGUCCCAUCCUACCUCAGAAAACAGGUCUGUCCACUGGGACCAGCUGAAUUUCCCCUGCCUGUAA